CUGGAAGAGGUCUGACACAAAAGACCUUUUUGCUGGGUUUUGACCCACUUGCUUCUCUGGAAGUUUUGCUCUGAAUGUGCUUCGCUUUACCUUGACCCUCACUGCUGCACCAAGCAAACUGUUGCUCUCGUACCUGUACCACACACUGGCUAUGAGUAAAGCAGCUAUGUCUUCUGCAAAGAGGCAGUCUGUGUUGCCCUUUGAAUGGGCGGUGACAAAAUGAGCUUAAAAUGGUUUCUGAAAACAGCCUCUUCCUUGUGAUUAAAGAAAUAGCUGCUUUGUAGCUUUUAAUUUUUAUUUCAGACUUUUAAAAUAAAAGUUAAAAUGCCUGAUUGUGCAAAUAGCUAUUUGAAAAAAUAAAUAUUAAUGGUGACUUGAUUGAUGUACAGAGUCUAUUGCAUUUGUAGAUACUUUGGGGGUUACUGGGUUUAAUUUUCCUUUAAAAGUUAACAGUAAGAAAUUUUGAAGGAAAUAGCUCAUCCUUUAUCUUCCAACAGCAUAAAGAGCCAGUCUAAACUGCAAAAUAAAAUCUCAACUGCUAUAAACCCAUGAAAAUAUGUACAUUUUACAAUGAUAUAUGUGUCUGAAACAUGGCACAGGCAGUUUCCAGUUGAAAAAGGUGCCAUGUGAAGGACCAGAAAAUCUGGAAAGCCUAAUGAAAAGGGACAGCCCUUUUUUACACAGUCUGACAGAAGGCUAGAACUGUCCUCAGAUUAGAGGAUUGAGCAAAAAGCCAGUGUGCAGAAUUGAGAGUUUUUAUAUAAUGGCUUUAGUAAAUAUCCUUUAGGACCCAGUGGAAAUGUUUGGUGAGGCAAACUUCAUGAGUAAUGGCCAAUCACUGAGCGGUGAUGAGGGAGAAUCUUGGAGUGGGAAGCCCCUGAAAGCCUGUCGAAAACAUCACGUCGGGGAAGCAGCAUUCCUAGUACCGAUCGCGGACGAACACGCGUCACUGGAAUUAGAGUUGAUUCAAUGUGUAAACCCGAGGGCACUUGUACUGCAGGAGGUUACUGGAGUGCAGAGUGCCCAACUCUUAUUUCCAGCAAGAUGCCUUAUUUUGCAAAGCUCCUUUUAUUAAUCUUUUUCUUAGUUCUUCUUGUGGAAAGCAGAAAGCACAGGAGGAGGAGGUGGACAGGCCAGCUGGAGGUGCAGAGGGCAAGUCGCAGCUAUAAGAAGAAUCAUGACGUGACCAAAAUCUGGAAAGGAAAGACAGAGCAGCUUCUGAGAGUCAACAACCAUGACUUCACCAUGCGACCGGCUUUUGGAGGCCCUGCAAUUCCUGUUGGGGUGGAUGUGCAAGUUGAAAGCUUGGACAGUAUUUCUGAGGUUGACAUGGAUUUUACUAUGACUCUGUACUUAAGGCACUACUGGAAGGAUGAGCGUCUCUCGUUUCCCAGCACCACCAACAAGAGCAUGACCUUUGAUGGCAGGCUGGUGAAGAAGAUCUGGGUUCCUGAUGUCUUCUUUGUGCAUUCCAAAAGGUCCUUCAUUCAUGAUACCACCAAGGACAACAUCAUGUUGCGAGUGUUCCCCGAUGGUCAUGUCCUCUACAGCAUGAGGAUCACAGUGACACAAAUGUGCAACAUGGACUUCAGCCGCUUCCCCCUGGACUCCCAGAUGUGUUCUCUGGAGCUGGAAAGCUAUGCUUACACUGAUGAAGAGCUGAUGCUGUAUUGGAAAAAGGGGAAUGAAUCUCUGGAAACUGAUGAAAAGAUUUCCUUGUCUCAGUUUUUGAUACAAAAAUUCCAUACUACAUCAAGACUGGCUUUCUACAGUAGCACAGGUUGGUACAAUCGCCUCUAUAUAAACUUCACUUUACGCCGACACAUUUUCUUCUUCUUACUCCAAACCUACUUCCCUGCCACCCUCAUGGUCAUCUUGUCCUGGGUAUCCUUCUGGAUCGAUCACCGAGCAGUUCCUGCCAGAGUCUCUUUGGGGAUAACCACUGUGCUGACCAUGUCCACAAUCAUCACUGCAGUGAACGCCUCCAUGCCUCGUGUUUCCUACAUCAAAGCAGUGGACAUUUACCUGUGGGUCAGUUUUGUGUUUGUCUUUCUCUCGGUGCUGGAAUACGCAGCAGUGAAUUACCUGACUACGGUGCAAGAGAGGAAGGAGAGGAAACUCCAUGAAAUGCCAUGUUAAUAAAUGACAUGAAUGGAGUUCUGUCUGGUCGUAAAAUUAAAUACAUCCAUGAAAUUGCUGGCAACAAGAGGAGCCAUGGAGGGACAGUAUCUGAAAGGAAGGAUUGUGUUAAAUCCCAGCCUGCCACUUCUCUCCUGAGCCACCAAGUCAGUGCAUUUACCAUACAUUGCUAUUCUUGGGACUGAAACCUGGAGAUUUUUCACAUCAACAGAUGGAGAUCACCACAAUAAAGAUGCAAAAAAUAUUGAAGAAAUAGCCCAUUUAUCCUUUGAGAGUUUAAAGCCUGGACAUAAUAGUGGAGCCAGUAAAAUCAGGACAGCACAGCGAAGGGACCUUUGCUGGGCGAAGGCAUCAGAACUGCACCUUGAAGUCACCAUUGCGUGGAGUGAGGAACUCGGUCCCUGUGCCCCCUGUUUUGUCAGUCUUUCUGCAUUACCCAUGGCAUGUGCUAUUUAACCUCUCAGUGCCUUGUCUCCUCCGUCUGGAAAGUGGGGAGUGAUAAUGUUUAUCUACCUCAUGAGGUGCCAAGUGGCUUAAUUUGCUUAACUAGCACAGGUGCAGGGCAUGGUUAUGAUUUCUGAGCAGGUCACCAAGAGGGAAUCCAAAGAUUUUAGUCUUAGUUAAUAAUGAAUUCUUCAAAUGUGUCCUCUGAAUCAGUCCAGCUGGAAGAAAGCAGGCAUCUCCCCUGCUUGUAAUGACAUUAAGCCAGAUAACUCUUCCACAUUAUAAUGCUAUUAAAUCAGAUAUAAGUGUAGCCCAACAACCCAAAAGCAUGGUCAAUGAAUAAUGCCUCCUGGCAUACAAAAAUAAGAAGUCCUAGUGUUUUACUUUGCCAUUUGUUUUUAUUACAUCUCCUGUUCUCUUAGAAGUUAUGUGGCAACAAAGACAGACCUUUAGAUCCUAUUGUCUUUGUACUAGCGCUCCCUGCAGUUUAAAUGCUAGCUUAGUCUAAACAUCUUUUGGAGAGGCUACCUUACUGUUAUUUUAUAUGCAUGUGUACAUAACUGGCAGAGAUUGAUGUCUGUUUCUACCAGACACAAUUAUACAGCCUAUAAAACCAUCAAGGAGGGUAUUUUUCCAUUAAAGGAAAAAAAAAUCUCUUAAGCAGCACUUGCACUUAUUCAUUAAAACAAUAGAUGAACGUAUUGAUGCAAAUAAAAGCAAGGCAUCUCUUUCAGGCAGCCUAUGAAUUGUAUUUUUCUGCUUAUUAAGAGGAGAGUGGCUAGGCAGAAAGCUAGAACAAAUAUUUGAAGUGUGGUAUUGAGAAUAUAUUUCACCUUUCAUCUCCCCUAGAUUACAAGAGCACUAUCUAACUUCUAGUUGCAAGAUCCAGCCUAUGUUUUGAAAAAUAGUGCCUGAAGCUAGGCUCUGAAUACUAUUUGAUGGAUACAACCCAGUUCUGUGAAGCACUGAGCAUCUGGGCAGUUAACAUACUGAAGGACAGGAUUUUCAGAAAUACACAAGGAAUUUGGGCAAACAAAGCCCGUUGAUGAAUGCACUUUCUCAGAAUAACCUGGACCAAUUGUGAAGAGAGAAAAUGUCGGCCCCACUCAUUCUGUAUCUGGCUCCAUUGUACUUUUACUUACUUCUAAACAAAUCAUGUCUUUGAAAGAAAGUAACUCUCUAUAAGGAUAUGUACACAUAUGUAGAAUGUAUAUGCAGGUAGCAUAUAACAAAAGAAGACACCGGGACAUGUACUUAUGUUAAAUACCGUAUAUAUGUUAAUUUGUAAUAUAUUGUAUGUAAACUACCAUUUAUUAUGCCCAGAAAACUUACUAUGUUGAAUUGAAAAAGGCUCUUAUUGUCAGCUAAGGGCCAAGAAAUGAGGUACUGGCAAAAAUUAUGGGUUCUCUCACAUUUUCUUUCUGAAAAAAAGGAAGUGUUGAGAAUUUUGCAAGAAAGACUGAUGCUAAAAUGUUUAUACAAUAGGUACAAUCCACUGUACGGAUCGCUAUAAUCAAACCUGGUAAAAAAAAUAACAGAUGAAAAGUGGGGGAAAGAGUCCAUUUCAUGGUGUGAACUCUAAAAUGUGACUUUAAUUCUGUUUGGAGAUCUGUUACCUAUGAGCUAAUGUCCAGGGGUAAAGGAUCUGAAUAAACACCUCAUUUGUAAUUGAUUUUAAAUAAAAAGUAUCUCAAGGUAGAAGAAAUGUAGUGGAAGAAUGAUAGUACUCUGAAGUCUGCAAAGAGCCUUGGGAAAACUGAGCCAUUAAUUACAGCUAUAAGCUAGAGAGACCUUUUGUGAAAACUGCAGCCCACCACUGAAGAAAUUUUAGUAAUUACUUUGCAUUUAAGGGCACAUUUUCAAAAGCCCAAAUGACAGGUAUAUAUCUCAAUCUCCAUUUGACUAUAAAUGAGAACUUGUAAUUUAAUUCCUCCUUUGUGCCUUUGAAAAGAUUGUCUUCACAUUUACCAAUG